CUGCGCCGCAUCGGAGGCGAUGACGAUGGCGGGAGUCACCUCCAAAAAUGGCGGUCCGUGGGGCGCUCUCCACGUGGUGGAAGUUCGUGCUGCGCGCGCGUCCCAAAACUCCAGAUCCUUCCCGGCGAAGACGUGCUUCGCGCACGACCGUCGGAAGACGGAUUUCUCGAAUACGUGCUUCGCGCACGACCGUCGGAGGACGGAUUUCUUGACGCGGCGUAGCGCGCCGAACGUUGCUGCGGGUCCCAAACCGCAGGCAACGGUGCACAAGGGUGAAGAGAAUGCACUCACGCGACACGAGAACGUCGCCGCGCGCGCGCUCGCCUGGCGCGAGGCCGGCGCCGGUAUGUUCUAGAUCGAGCGUCCUUAGA